UUAUAUAUAUAGGCAGUGUGGGGAGACAGAGUUUUAACUGAGCCUUUGCAUUCUUUAUCAGUUGUUUGUUUGUGUGUAUACAUCCCUAACUUUUAGCAAUGUCUGUCGAUUUCAGUGGUACCUGGAACCUUGCCACCAGUGAGAACUUUGAAGGCUACAUGCUGGCUUUAGGUAUUGAUUUUGCGACGCGCAAGAUAGCCAAAAUGCUGAAGCCCCAGAAGGUCAUCACACAAGAGGGCGACUCGUUUGCAAUCAACACAACGAGCACUUUCCGGAACUACUCGGUCCAGUUCAAAAUUGGAGAAGAGUUUGAGGAAGAUAACAAAGGCUUGGACAACAGAAAAUGCAAAAGUGUUGUUACUUGGGAUAAUGACAAACUUGUCUGUGUCCAGACUGGAGAGAAGAAAAACAGAGGGUGGACCCACUGGAUUGAAGGAGAUCAACUGUACCUGGAACUUCGGUGUGAGGACCAAGUAAGCACACAGGUCUUCAAGAGAGCAUGAAACGAAUCCCAGUGACAUUGCUGAAAGAUAACCACAUGGAGAGAAUACGGCAGGAGAAUCUGGGUACAGCAACACUCUUCACCUGAAGGUGGUGAUGACUAACAUUACAGCUUUCUAAGGCAAAAGCCUUCUCUGUUAUCUAGAAAAGCACUCUGACUGAUCUCCAGAUCAAAAGCUGUAACUGUUACUGCCACUUAAUGUGGAAACUCUAUUAAAGAGGUCUCUCGAAAUGCA